CAGAAAGCAUAUGGAAAGGACGUACAGGUAGGACGUGGAAUAAAAAUUGAAGGCAAAGCAGGGAAAAAUUUCUGAAAAUGGGCUCCGUAAGUGUAAUCGGUUUUCUAAUCACUGCGGUGAUUGCCACUGACCAUGCACAAAACGUGGAUCAAGGUUUAUUUACUAAACAGAUGUUGCUGUACAAACUGAACUAUCAAGUGAAACAAAUGGACCAGGAACUUUUUACCAGAUGUCCAGGGUUUUUCACUCACCCUGACCAUUCGUCCAUGGGGAUCAUUGGCCGAAGAGCAGCCUACGGGGACGCCUUCUUGGACCUGGAGAUUAAGUUGGCCAGUAAGACGCUGGAUGACCUGAAGAAAAAGUACCUGAUGUGUUUGGAGAAUCCAAGCGCUUUUAGGGGACCCACGACUACUAAACGCACGACAACGAUGAAACCUAGUACGACUACUUAUAGGGAAAACGGUGAAUUUGGCUUCAAGGUUCUUCGAGCCAAAAACAUCACAUACAGAAACUACGAGUUUCUGGCACUGGAGGUGAGAAUUCCGGACGAUGGGCAGAGCAAGUCAGUGAACUGGUGCCGCGACUAUCAGCUUUUAUGCGAAAGUCUCUCUCGUCGUCCGACCGGAUGUGGGGAAAGAUUUCUAUCUAUAUCAGGUUACAAAAAUUGCGCUUCCGAUUACAACUCUGACAUGCGCAUUGGAGACGUCCUGAGUUGUAACCCUUCCACUCGCGUAGCGUACGCUGCCAACCUGGCGUUCGGCGAUGGCAAAGGUCCAGCAAGAAGCAAUUAUAACGCCUUUGGCUUCCAUUCCUGCAACAGUCACACCUGCCAAAAAAGCAUUCAGAAAAGUGACACUGCAUUAAGCUAUAUGUGGGGGUCUUGGAAAGACAACGGGACUGAGACCAUCAUGUACACGCUGUGUCGUUGA